UUUCUGGCUGCGCGCUUGCCUUCUUAAGGAAGCUCCCACUGCCUGUGUUACCACACCUGAGCCAACAACGACGACCAGCUCUAGCUCGUUGUAGCAAUAUCUCGUUGUAGCCAUUUAUUUUUUUUUUCCAGCAGGAUGUUCAGAGUAACACAACUUCUCAGAGAGACUACCAAGAGAGUUAUUGGAACAAAAACAACUUCCCGUGCAGAUUUAACACUAAGUUGCUUCUCCACGGUGUCCAAUUUACAGAGGUUGGCUGGUAAGGUGGCUGUCAUCACCGGCGCGGCGAGCGGCAUCGGCAAGGCGACGGCAGCGGAGUUCAUCAAGAAUGGCGCCAAGGUCAUCCUCGCCGACAUCCAGGACGACCUCGCCCGCUCGGUGGCCUCCGAGCUCGGCCCGGACGCCGCGUACACGCGCUGCGACGUCGCCGACGAGGCGCAGGUCGCCGCGGCCGUGGACCUCGCCGUGAGGCUGCACGGCCGCCUCGACGUGUUCCACAGCAACGCCGGCAUCCCGGGGAGGAUACCGCAGGACGACGCGCUGUCCGUCGACCUCGCCGGCUUCGACCGCGUGAUGGCGGUGAACGCCCGCCCGGCGCUCGCGGCCAUCAAGCACGCCGCGCGCGUAAUGGCGCCUCGCCGCACCGGCUGCGUCAUCUGCACGGCGAGCGGCGCGGGCGUCGUCCCCAUGCCGGCGCUCGCCAUGUACUCCGUCUCCAAGGCCACCGUCAUCGCUGUGGUGCGCGCCAUGGCGGAGCCGCUGGCGCGCCACGGCCUGCGGGUGAACGCCAUCUCGCCGGGGGCGACGAGGACGCCGAUGAUGCUGAACGAGAUCCCGCGCCUCGCCGUGGUGUCCCCGGGCCUGAGCGGGGAGCUGAGGAGGAUGGUGGAGGAGGGCGCCAGCGACGCCGUCAAGGUGCUCGAGCCGGAGGAUAUCGCGAGGGCGGCGGUGUACCUGGCCUCCGACGAGGCCAGGUACGUGAACGGGCACAACAUCGUCGUCGACGCCGGCUACUCGGUGCACAAAGGAGCGGAGAACUCGCCGGCGCGUUGAACAUGGCUAGUAGCUGGUGCCAUGCAUGUAUGCAUGCAUGUGCCUUUGUCAGCGCCGUAAUAAUUCUGUUAUUGACGUUCUUGAAAUAAAGAUGAUGUGGCUGUGCAGUGACGCGACAACAGUUGAAAUAAAAUGCUGUAACUCGACUAUUCGUAGUACUCCCCGUGCUUGCCAGCGGAUAUAUGCCACAUAAUAGAGAAAUGAUAAAAUAAUUUGGAUUAAAAUAUUAUAAAAAUGAUUUGAGAAUAAUAA